AUGUCGUCAACAUACUCUAAGCUAGAUUCACCUGGCAUAUCAUUACCAAAUCUACCAUCACUAAAUCCCAACGAAGGCGGCGGAUUGGGUUCAAUCGGAGCAGGACAAGCACGACCCAAAAAAGGUGAAUUCGAUCCAAAUUUUCCCUGGGAACGUGGUCAAGUACCAUGUCUUGACGUGAUCACACCCACUCCCGGGACGGUUGUCAAUCCUAAUGACCGAAUCGUGAUACGUUGGCAAAAAUCCGAAAACUGUACCGCGAUGACACCUCUCACAAACUUUGACAUAAAUUUAGUCGCCAGUCCAUCCGUAAAAGGAACCGUGGCGAAACCUAAAAUGUCCGCCGAAUACCAAACAGAAAUCGCGACUGGUGUCGAAGAAAUGUACUAUGAAUGGAUUGUACCAGUUAUUGGAUACGGUUCCGUGAAAAAUUACACAGCGUAUUAUAUUCAUGUGCAAUGUGUGUCGAUGGUGAAUACUAAAGAUGGUGAGGUUGUAGUUUUUGGAAAUAUGUUGGAGCCAUUUACGAUUACAAGGACGGCUACACAAGAACCAAAAACUUAUUUUCCAAUUUAUACGCCUACUAAAAGCUUGGCGAAUAGUAAUAAUUCGAUGCUACCGAAAGAAACAAACGGUUCUAAUAGUAGCAAUGGAAAGCACUUGUCAGAUGCUAUUAUAGAAAUACCAUUUAUAAGGACUAUUAUUGCUUUAGUAACGCUUUUUCUUGGAUUUUUUCUAUUGAUGUGA